AUCCGUGAUCCUGCCAUCCUUCCCUCUUCCAGUCAUGUUCACAGGCUUAAUCGAACAUCUGGGGACCGUCUCCUCCAUCGACCAGGAUGACACGGGCUGCACCCUCGUUAUCAGUGACUCCGCACCGAUACUGGGCGACUGCCAUGUCGGCGACUCGAUCGCCGUGAACGGCGCCUGCCUCACCGUCACCGAAUUCGACACUGAGAAGGUAGGGGGAUGGUUCAAGGUAUGGCUUGCAAACGAAACUCUGCAGAGGACCGAUCUUGGUGAGCGGAUAGUCGGCGAUCAGGUUAACCUCGAGCGAGCCAUGGGUGCUCAUGUACGCUUUGGUGGACACUUCGUCCAGGCUCAUGUCGAUACAACGGCUACGCUUGUUGAGCGUACUUCAGACGGGGACUCGCAACGCCUCACCUUUGAAUUGCCAGAACCGACUGCCACACGCCCAUCGCUUCUACCAUAUCUCAUCCCGAAAGGCUAUGUCACUAUUGAUGGCGCUUCCCUCACCAUCACUGGCGUAGACGACGCGACGCGCCGGUUCAGCAUCAUGCUUAUCCAGCAUACUCAGGAGAAGAUCACCCUUAGCAAGAAGCCUAUAGGUGCGAAGGUCAACAUCGAGGUCGAUAUGGUUGGCAAGUACGUGGAGAAGAGCGUUGUGGCGGCACUAGGUGGAGGCGGCACUGAGGGCUUCAGAUCCCUGAUCGAGAAGGUUGUAUCGGACGUGCUGGCGAAGAAGGGGAUAGCGUAGCAGGUACCGCAUGCAGUAUACAAUUGUAUCAUAGACGUUCGGGGCCCCAUAGUCAUCUGCUUGUUUGCGGGGGACAAUGAAAAACGUUGGCUCGACAGUCCUAGAUUGGCAUCUGGGCCUGAU